UCACAUAAAAGGAUACAGGUGAGGUCACAGCGACACACGCGCGCACACAGCUGGACAAUCCACGCAUAGACCAGGAGACGGGGUAGUGUCAAUACUACAGCAAAUAAAGAAGAAGAAAACAACAACACUGGGACCGUUUUAAAUUCCUCAAGUAUAAAAAGGGAACUAAGGUUGCAUCACGUAUAAAAGAGCUCUGCGAGGAACAUGUUCACUUGGGUAAAUAAGGAGCAGGGUGGAAGGAACAAGGAGGGAGACAUGUUUCAAACGGUGACUGAAGGACUUCAGGAUCUCUAUGAUAAAAAACUCCUGCCUUUGGAGGAGACCUACCUUUUCCAUGACUUCCACUCGCCGGCGCUGGAGGAGGCGGACUUCCAUAACAAACCCAUGGUGCUGCUGGUCGGACAGUAUUCCACAGGAAAGACCACUUUCAUCAGGUAUCUUCUGGAGCAAGAUUUUCCAGGGAUGCGAAUUGGCCCCGAACCAACGACAGAUGGAUUCAUAGCUGUAAUGUAUAAUGAGAAUGAGGGAAUUGUUCCUGGAAACGCUUUGGUUGUGGACCCAAAGAAACCUUUCCGCAAACUCAAUGCUUUUGGAAAUGCCUUCUUAAAUAGGUUCAUCUGCUCACAAAUGCCCAACCAAGUCCUACAGAGCAUCAGCAUCAUUGACACGCCGGGGAUUUUGUCUGGCGAGAAGCAGCGCAUAAGCAGAGGCUAUGAUUUCUCUGAGGUACUGCGCUGGUUUGGAGAGCGAGUGGACCGUAUCAUUCUCCUCUUUGACGCCCAUAAGCUAGAUAUAUCUGAUGAAUUUUCUCAAGCGAUCAAAGCUUUCCGUGGGCAAGAUGACAAAAUCCGCGUGGUACUGAACAAGGCCGAUCAGGUGGACACUCAGCAGCUAAUGCGGGUUUAUGGUGCGCUGAUGUGGUCGCUGGGGAAGGUGAUCAAUACUCCAGAGGUGGUGCGGGUCUAUCUUGGCUCUUUUUGGGGCAAACCUCUUCAAAAUGCAGACAACCGGCGUCUGUUUGAAGCCGAAACACAAGAUCUCUUCAAAGACAUCCAGAGUCUGCCUCGCAACGCUGCCCUGCGAAAGCUGAAUGACCUCAUCAAAAGAGCUCGUCUUGCUAAGGUGCAUGCUUAUAUCAUCAGCUACUUAAAGAAGGAAAUGCCCUCCCUGUUUGGAAAAGAGAAGAAAAAGGAGGAGCUGAUUGCCCACCUGCCUGAGAUCUAUCAGAUUCUGCAGAGAGAGCACCACAUCUCACCUGGAGAUUUCCCUAAUGUCAUUAAAAUGCAGGAGCAACUGCAACACUACGACUUCAGCAAGUUCCCUUCUUUGAAGGUGAAGUUGAUUGAAUCUGUGGACAGAAUGUUGUCCACCAAGAUCUCAAGUCUGUUGAACAUGAUCCGAGAGGAAGAAAGCAAACAGCCUGCUCAGAUGGUAAAGGGUGGAGCCUUUGAGGACUCGUCCGACGGGCCUUUCGGCCACCUCACCUAUGGUGAGGGUAUCAGUGCAGGGGCUGAUACUGAGGACUGGAUCGUGAGUCGCGACAAACAUCGCUACGAUGAAAUCUUCUACACACUGAUGCCUGUCAAUGGGAAGGUAACAGGCAUCAAUGCCAAGAAGGAGAUGAUGAAUUCUCGUCUGCCCAACACUGUACUGGGAAAGAUCUGGAAGCUGGCAGACUGUGAUAAGGACGGCAUGCUGGAUGAUGAAGAAUUUGCUCUUGCUCAGCAUCUCAUUAAAAUCAAACUGGAGGGAUUUGAGAUCCCUACAGAGCUACCAAAUCACCUAAUACCUCCAUCGCACAGGAAGAACCCCACUGCGGACAUCUUGUACAACCACCAGGAGGAUUGAUCACAUUCAUGUCUGUAUAUUUAUCAGCCAGCUGCUAGUACAAAGUGGCCUUUGAAUAUUGAAGUCUUACUUCAUUGAACGGGAUGAAGUUUUAAUAGUUAAGCCAUCUAUCAUCUUCAGCAGUGCUGUUAAAAUAAGAUGUGUGACUUGAACAUGUCUAAGAUUGAGUGUGUUUUUAUAUAAGUGCACUGAUUCAGUGUUAAAGAACAAUAUAUUCAUAUUUUUGAUAGCCAUACAAAUAUAAAUUACAGCCCAUAUAAUUUGGAUUGCUUCUAAAUCCCUGACCUUGUUAUUUCAACUUGUGCUUGCAGAUUGUGAAAAUUCAUUGCUUUCAAUGUUAUAUUACAUUUCAUAUCAAAUAACAAUUUCGGUUAAGUAUGCAUAACAGCAGCCAAACAAAUACCCAUACGUGACACAUUAUCACAGAAGUACUGACAGAAGUAUCAUUCAUUUCACUUUCUGACAGAGUGUGAAUAUCUAUUAAAUUAAUUUUGAAACGCAAUAUAGUGUUUUUUUUUUUUUUACUUUAAUCUUUUCCUUGAAUGUACACUUUAGUAUGAACUGAAAAAUAAAUACUAUAGACAGGGUUUUUGUGGAUCUUUAAAAAUCGUAAAUUUUGUUGUAGUCUAUUAAAUUUAAAGGGUUAGUUCACCCAAAAAUCUAAAUUAUGUCAUUAACGACCCUCAUGUCGUUCCAAACCAGUAAGACCUCUGUUUAUCUUCAGAACACAGUUUAAGAUAUUUUAGAUUUAGUCCGAGAGCUUUCUGUCCCUCCAUUGAAAAUCUAUGUACGGUAUACUGUCCAUGUCCAGAAAGGUAAUAAAAACAUCAUCAAAGUAGUCCAUGUGACAUCAGAGGGUCAGUUAGACUUUGUUGAAGCAUCGAAAAUACAUUUUGGUCCAAAAAUAACAAAAACUACAACUUUAUUCAGCAUUGUCUUCUCUUUAGUGUCUGUUGUGAGACCGUUCAAAACACAACAGUGAUAUCUGGUUCGUGAACGAAUCAUUAGAUGUAACCGGAUCUUCUUGAACCAGUUCACCAAAUCGAACUGUAUCGUUGUAAAUGGUUUGCGUCUCCAAUAAGCAUUAAUCCACAAAUGACUUAAGCUGUUAAUUUUUUUUAAUGUGGCUGACACUCCCUCUGAGUUCAAACAAACCAAUAUCCCGAAGUAAUUCAUUUACUCAAACAGUACACUGACUGAACUGCUGUGAAGAGAGAACUGAAGAUGAACACAGAGCCGAGCCAGAUAAUGAACGAACGAUUGACAAUUAAUGACAUAAUUUAGAUUUUUGGGUGAACUAACCCCUUUAAGGACAUAAGAAGUCUUAAAUGUUCCAAGCUAUUUUUUGUUAUGAUUUCAAGAGGUCUUAAAUUUGUGGACGGUAACACUAGAAUUGCGAUAUGGUUGAAUGUGAUGAUUAAACUUCAAAAGGCUUUGAUUUUAUAAAAAUAAAAACCACUGUAUUUCUGCUGUUUCAAAAGCGCCUCCUGCUGGCAGAGAAUUAACAAUUUCAAUAAGCCGUUCUGUUGUUUUUGUUCAGACCAAUGUGAAAAUAAACCCAUUUUUUUAUGCAUCAAACACACAAUUGUAAAUUUGAACUAGUGUUUUGACAAAAAGAUAAUGCAUUAUAAAACAACAAUAAAAGUACAUUUCUAUGUUAUUUAAUAUAACAUAUGAUUUAUAAAAAAAAAUAAUUAGUGUAAUAACUGAUCCUUUUGACUCAUCCCUUUUCUUAAAAAUGGUUUAAAGACUUUCUCUCACUGACUACGUUUACAUGCAGCCAAUAACCCGUUCAAAACCGGGUUAUUAGCAAUAACCCGGUCGCGCACGGCCAUGUAAACCCGGAUAUGCUCAUAUCCCGGUUUUUCUUACGUCAAGACGCUAACCGUGCGUCGCCGUUUACAUUGGGAUAUUGGCGACUGAUUACACAUUCGAUGUAUACAGGAGUAACUCUUUCUGCUCACGCAUGUAAACGGGUUAUCCCGAAUUUUUCAGGAACCCAAAUAGUGACCUUAACCCGACCAUAACCCGAAUUUUAACAGCUUGUAAACGUAGUCACUGAGUGUUAAAUUUUAAAUUAAGACUCUGAUCUACACAAAUAGACAUUUAUAAGAGCAUUAUACUGAACAGCACUAAGUUUUGCCAGGGUAUUGCAAAAAUAUUCUACAGUUUCAGUAUAUAGGAGAGUACCGAGCUCCUUCCUUCCUGGGGAUUUUUUUUUUUUUUGAGAGCGAGAUUAGCAUCUAGGCUGCCAACUCUAUUUUGUCUUCUAAUUAUACAAAGACUUAUUUUUUUUUAAAUACAAUAUUAAUGUUUAUGUUAUUUAACACAAAAUAUCAAUGAUAAUGACAGUAAAAGAAAACACUGAAUUAAACAUUUACGUUUAUAAUUCUGAGUUGCAAAUAACUUCUGUUGUAUGAAGAAACAUUAUGAAACUCCUUUAUGCUGUAUAUACAUUUAUACUGAUGAAUGUAAUUAUGUAUGUUAUACAAUGUCACUAUAACCAUAUGUACAUUUGAACAAGAUCAGAGUUGGAUUACAUGAAUCACACUAACUAUUUCACACAAGGCCAUCUCUUAUGGCUUUUAAACAUGAAAAAUCAUUGUGUUCGUGCGCAGGUGAAAUUACGAUUACUGUAAAAUGUGAUUUAAAGUCAUUCUGUACAAAUUUCCCAGACACUUAAGCAUAUAUAGGUGUCUGAUGGUGCUUCCUAUACUUUAAUGAGCUUUUGACAUGUAAAACCUUCAGUCCUCUGUUAAUAUGUAAUUUGCAAAAUUUCUAUAACUUUUUAAAUGAAAUAAGGGAAUGUAAUAAAUGUUUCGCUUUCAAAUUAAAAUUGUUUAUCCAA